CAGCCUCUUUCUCUCUCACCAUCUCACUCUCUCUCUCUCUUUCCUUUCCCAUCUCUGGAGCAGACAUUGGAGCAUCGGCACGGCAACGGAGCAACACAAGGCUGACGGAGGCGAGAAGAAGUCGACCAACCUCGCUGAGAACAGUACGACCUUAUGAACGUUUCCAACAACAAUAACAGACACAUCAACUGUAAAACUGUUCAAAGCAAAGAAGCAACAGAUUGGUCUCAGUUGCAACAGUUGCUGAAACUGAUGUUAUCUCACCUGAUCUGGGUUUCGAGACGAAGCUGACUGGCAACAACUCCUGCAGCUUGCAUCUCUGGGGUUUCCAAAGACAAUUGCUCUGCAUGAAAGAAAAGCUUUUGUUCUGUCCAAAGCAAGAGGAACUAACAAAGCUGAGUGACUGUAACAAAUAGCUUUGAUUCGUUCGGGAGGCACCACAGUUCAUGCUGGGCGUGAACGUCACCUCUACCAUCAGCAUCUACUCCCAUCAUUCCUUCUUUAGCCGGAUCUAAAGCCGACUGCUCAAGCUGCUGAUGCACAGAAGAAGAGGUUGUUGGAAUUACAUACAGCUUAAAGAAAAUGAGUUUUGCUGUAAUUCCGAAAUAGCAAGAUCAGGUUUAAUUAGAGAGAACACGCAUGUAAGAUCUACCAACAGAUGCCAGUAAGUCCAUCACUCUUAACCCGCUUCUGAGGACAACAAAGUGUUGAAGAAGAGGAUGCGCAUGAGUAUCAGCAAAUAAGAGAAGAGCUAGAGGAAAGAUGACAGGAACAAUGAGAUAGAAUCCUGCUGUGCAUAGUCACAGAAGUUCAGUCAGAAAACAGCAUAUACAAAUAGAGAGGUAAGAAAAUAGAUCUUACUGCAUUUAUUCUCAUUUCUAGGAUGCUUUUGAACCAGUGGAGCUUUCAUUUACUUUGACAUUCAGAGAAAGAGAAUCCUUCACAUCUUUCCUCAUCUUGAAGUUGUACACAAACUGUUGCAACUGAGUUUCUGCACCGAUUUUAGUCGGUGUGAGCAGCUUGGACUUCUUGGUUGAUUUAUAUUUUCGGGGUGAGGUGGAUCUGCCGUCGGGGGCAGCUGACAGCCAUCCAAAACGCCGCGAGCCGUACUCCGCGUGAAGAAUGCCCAGCCGCGCUUGGCCAAGCCGGCCGACCCGGGCCCGACGGCGGGGCUCUACAUGGAGAGAUCACAGAGCCGCAUCAGCUUGUCAGCGUCCUUUGAAGCCCUCGCCAUAUAUUUUCCCUGCAUGAACUCCUUCGAUGAGGAUGAUGGGGUGGAAACAGAUGGCAGGAAGUUAAAAGGAGGCAUCCAGAGGAGCACGGAGACGGGUUUGGCUGUGGAGAUGCCCAGUCGGACUGUCCGCCAGGCCAGCCAUGAAUCCAUAGAGGACAGCAUGAACAGCUACGGCUCUGAAGGGAAUCUUAACUACAGUGGCAUGUGUCUGGCAUCAGAUGCCCAGUUCAGUGACUUCCUGGAUGGGAUGGGACCAGCCCAGUUUGUUGGACGACAGACACUGGCAACAACAUCCAUGGGUGAUAUAGAGAUUGGUCUGAUGGAGAGGAAUGGGGGUCUGGAGGUGGAGGUUGUCCAGGCCAGAGGACUCACCAUGAAACCUGGUUCAAAGGGACCUCCAGCGGCAUAUAUCAAAGUUUACCUCCUGGAGAACGGGAUCUGUGUGGCCAAGAAGAAGACCAAGUCAGUGAGAAAGUCUCUGGAUCCUCUCUACAACCAGGUCCUGGUCUUCUCUGAAAGCCCACAAGGAAAAGUAGUGCAGGUGAUUGUUUGGGGAAACUACGGACGAAUGGAUCGCAAAUGCUUCAUGGGUGUAGCUCGAAUCCUGUUGGAGGAGCUGGACCUCAGCACAAUGGUGAUUGGCUGGUAUAAGCUGUUCCCUACUUCCUCAAUGGUGGACCCAAGAAUGGCCCCACUCAUUCGCCACUCGUCCCAAAUGUCCCUGGAGAGCACCAUUGGGCCCUGUUGUGACAGAUCAUAAGACUCAUGUGAAACUGAGAUGCUAUUGCUAAACCACAUGUUUUUAUAUAUGCUGUUGUCCUGCAACUGGGUCAGCCAGGCAUUACUGCCCCCAGAGCAGGUAGGUGGUAAUGUAACUAUCUCUCAAGGGCACUUUUACAGGUCCAACCAUUCUAGGGAUUCAUUACAAAUCAGCUGGUUGUCCUGCAUUCAUUUGCAAUGUAUAAAAAUUCUUUUAAUAUUGUAUCAUAUUGUUUCCCAAGACUCAUGGGAAGUGCAUUUCUUGUGCUGUUGCGAACAAGUGUCCCUACACUCCAAGAGAAAUUUAGCUGUCUUCAGAUCUUUUGAUGGAAAAAAAAAACAAAAAAACAAAAACCUGCCUAAUGAGAUACUUCAAAGCAGGAUUCGGUUGCCAACACCGAUCACAUUCUGUUGGGACCACAGUAUACAGCGGGCUCAGCUUUGCUUCAGCUUCUCGCCUUCUUCACAUCCUACAUGCACUUCUCAUUCCCAGGACUGCAUGCCAUCUCUCUGCGUCCUCAUUAGGGUCUGAACAACCUCUGAGUGUUGUCUGUCUAUCCACAAAUUUGGACAAAAAGACAGGCUGCAUAAGACUUUUGGCAAAACCAGUCUAACUGAUGGUGAAUGGAUAAUGGAUGUGCAUGCAGCAGGACUAAGGAAUUAUUUGUUGUAACAUACCAGGACACCUCAGCUUCAAAUACUUAAGAUGCUUGUUUGUUUGUUUGUUUUUUUUUUGUUUGUUUGUUUGUCUGUUUUUGUGUGUGCUCUUCGUUUGGCCCAUGAUUAUUCAACUCAUUUUGUAAUGUUAAGAAUGCAGGUGGAGUAAACUUGAUGAAAGCCUCUUCAAACUCCCGGAAGGAUCUAAAUCGUGGUCUAAAAUUGAGAAUUCAGCGUAGUACUGAUUUUUAUUGAUUCCAGUUUGUUAGAGCAGCAGUUCAUUACAUUUUACCUGCAAUGCCAGGUGCAUGUUAGUUCAUGAGUAGCUACAUUUUCUUAAUCCCCAAAAUCACAUGCAGUUAUGGCUCCGCAGUCUGCAAGCAAUGACUCAGUCAUAUUUUGUUGAGGGUGCUUUUCAAUCAAAUUAGCCAGGACUGCAAUUGGCUGGAAUGAAAAUAUGCAACCUUGAGGCAUUACCAAAACAAACAAAAUGAAAGUUAUUGAAAAUUAAAAUUUAAGCUGCCUGUUUAAUCAGGUAGUAGCACAUCAAUUAAAGCAGAUCAGAGAUUUCCUCCUGAUGCUACCAAACAUAAGUACAACCAGGGCUACUUAUUAAAAGUUUGAUUAUCUGAAUCUUUUUUCUAUGGCCUGUGGCUUUUUCUAAGUCUAUGGACUUGUUUAAACACAUAGCAGCUAAUGAUAGCAUGAAAUUAUAAAUGCAUGAAAUUAGCAGUUUUAAAUCUUUUUGAACCCUUUUUUCCAGCUUGUACCCAGCAUGAAACAGUCGGGCUUAAAAAGAGCCUGAAAUGUUAAAGCUUUGUCCCCAUUCUUCGGUUCUGCUCUGUGUUUUUUUUUUUAAAUAUUGACAUUAAACCUUCUUUUGCAGGUCACACCAAGUGUAAGGGUCAGUCUAGUUCUUGAGUUGUAGCUCUGAGACAGCAGCUGGUACAAAAUGAAUAUCUAUGAGAACCCUAGCCUGGCUUAUAAAGAAAAGACAACUUGCUGUGUAUAAUUGUAGUUGGGAAUGCUCUUUAUUUAAUACUCUAGAAGUAGAUUUUUAUUUGUCCACUUUUAAUUUAUUUAUUUAUUUAUUUUUAGCUUUGGCUAAGAGUUGUCUAAUAACAAUUUCUACAGUGCCAAUUUCUACCAGCAAGUGUCUUCUCCUUCCUCUUCUUCAAUUACCUUGUGGCAUGUGCCAUGGGGAGGGAGGAACAGAAACACCAACUCACAACAUGUAACAGCAGUCUUCAGGCUGAGAAGAGUAGCAUCCCUUUUAUUCUAAAUUACAGCUCCAGUCCACAGAAAGCCACCUGGUGAUUAGCCAUGCUACGACUCAGAUUGGAGGGAGGAAGAGAGGGAGGAAUCGCAAAGAAAGGAGGAAAGAGCACGCAAUGUGCUUUGCAUCAUCCAAACAAAGGAUCCGAAUGGGCUUUGACAUCAGGUUUUAAAGACUUUCAAAAAAGAAAACAAACAUGGGAUGAAUUUAAAGGGAACACAAUGUGCACACUGUAUUUUGAGUUAAAAGUACAUGUAUUUUUAUUUUGGCACUUUAUGAUUCUUAAUAUCGUUUUAUAUGUAAAUAUUACUAUUUUUAGUGUCUUUUGGAGUGAGCCAAAGUUAAUCUGUAAUGAUUUAGUUGAUAAAUGUCUAAAGUCAGUGGGAAGGAAGUGACAUCCUUGCUAGUUAUUAUAAGACUUGUAGCAUUAGCUCGUAGCAUCCGCAUGACUGAUUAAAACUUAAAUUAAUUAGCAAGACUAAGCAUGGGCUAUAAGCUACAAAGAAGGAUGAGAAAAUAAAAAAAAGUGUGUUGGUCUCCGAAGCAACAUCAGCUGAGGAACAUAUCUAUGUAGCAAUUUCAUUCUGAUGUUCACAAAGUUGAGAAAUUUUAGUAUUAACUUCUUUCUUAUCAAUAAAUCACAGAGGGAAGAUGUAAAAUUGAAAUAUGUAUUUAUUUUUGCCAAUUUUCCUUUAAUCUUAGAGUGAAGAUUUGAACAAAUUGAUUCAGAAACUGAUCGCCCAGUAGAGAGUAAAUUUCUUUUAGAAACUUUGCAAAAAUCAGUCUCUGCUUUCCCAGUAGCAAUGAUGCAGGGAUUUUAAUGCUCUGUUUCCAAACAAAUUAGCCACAUUCUGUAAAGCAAUAAAGCAUCCAGUCACUGUCAUUAUUUCCACCCAGGACACAAACCUAUCUUGUGGUUUUCAUGCAGUCAGUUUUGUCAGUUCUAAUAUUUAAUGAGAAAUCUUAAGUUUUAUGUGGCAUCUGUUUUGUAUGUAUCAUGACUGUAAUCACAUCAACACAUUAAUGAUAAUUAGCCGGUUUUUUGAUGAAAAAGUUGAGGCAGAGGUUAAAAAAGGUUCAAGGGGCCGAUCAGGCUCCACCCACUAUUCCAAAUCAACCAUGCUGAAAAUCAAAAUGGAAGAAAGUGUUUCACUGGACCUUUCUGAGCCCAGGAUGCAUGAGUAGC